UUAUGAGUCACCAUCUGUUCCGUACACCAAUCCGUAUACUCGUACAAAAUGAGCGACGUUUCAGAUUCUGGGGUAGAGGCCAUGGACACAACUGGUGACAGCCCUGACGAUACAAAAGACAAUAAUAAUGAUGAAGCUGAGGCUGGAAUGGAUGCAGCUGGCAAUAAAGAUGAACCAGAGGCUUCUAGUGGAGAGAAUGAAAAGGAGGGAGGAGAUGGAGGGGAUUCAACUCCUAGUAAUGGCGAGCCCCAUGAAACUAGUGAGUCGCAGAGCGAGACUCAGAGCGAGCCGCCCCCAGUUCCUAGCUAUGAGGUACAGAAGCAAGAGAUACAUCCAUUAUUGACGCAACGUCUAAAGAAAGGAGACAAAUGGUAUCUUGUUGAUCAGAAGUGGUUCAAGCAGUGGAAGAAGUACACAGGUUUUGAUAGUUGGGAUCAGCACACUGCUGGUGAGCCAGGUAGCAAUCCAGGGCCUAUAGAUACCUCUAACCUAUUUAAAGAUCCAUCAAAAGAAACUCUUAAUGAUCAUUUGAUGGAGGAAUUAGAUUAUGCUCUGUUGCCUCAACCAGCAUGGGAGAAACUGGUAGCAUGGUAUGGACUAGCAAGCACUUCAAAGCCUAUAUGCAGAAAUGUAGUGGAGUAUGGGACUUAUGUGAAGCACUUGAAAGUUGAAGUGUAUCUUAUUGACCUCAAACUGACUCUUCAUCCUCACGCCAAUGAGAUCAAAACCCAUUCAUUCAGUCGUUCUGAUACUAUUAAAACUCUUCACGAGAAGUUGGUAGAAAUUUUUGAAGUUUCCAAUGACGAGGAGACUCGCCUCUGGCAGCGAUACAUGACCAAUUCAUACGAACUGCUCACCAACCAAAGUCAAACUGUAUCAGAUGCUGGAAUAUAUGGAGGACAGAUGAUUUUACUGGAAAAGAAGACUAAAGAUGGACAAUGGGCACGUUCAUCGAGCUCACUGACUUCUACUACUAAUACUUCUUCUUAUUAUACGAGAAGCUCUUCCGGUAGUCAAGGCUCCUCCUCCUACUCAUCAUCUUAUAGUAGCUCUUAUGGACGUGAUCCAAGUUCACCUGGUCUGUGUGGUCUGUCUAAUUUGGGUAACACUUGUUUCAUGAACUCUGCCCUACAGUGCCUUGGCAACACUAAACCACUAGUUGAAUAUUUUAUAGGAAAAGAAGGAGAAGCCGAGAAGCCAUACAAGAAGCACAUCAAUAGGAACAAUCCGUUAGGGAUGGGCGGAGUCAUUGCUGAAACAUACGGGUCUCUAUUAGACGAGAUGUGGAAUGGACAGAAUUCCUAUCUUGCACCUCGUCAGUUUAAAAACAUCAUUGGAAGACACGCCCCUCAAUUCUCUGGCUACUCGCAGCAUGACUCACACGAAUUACUAGCUUUUCUAUUGGAUGGACUACACGAGGAUCUGAAUCUCGUUAAGAAGAAACCUUACGUUGAUAUGGACAUUAAAACUGAUGGAAGGGAUGAUAACGAUAUUGCUAGAGAGACGUGGCUCAAGUACUUACAGCGCAAUCAGUCAGUCAUUGUUAGGCUAUUUCAAGGACAACUGAAAUCAACUCUUCACUGUCCAAAGUGUGACAAGGAGUCACGUAUCUUUGAUCCAUUCAUGUACCUUUCCUUGCCACUCCCAGUUCUCAAUACAAGAGAUAUUGAGGUUUUCUUUGUCAGAACUGAUCCAUCAGCCAGCAUGAUGAAGUAUCGUUUAGCAGUCCCUAAGAAUGGAAGCAUCAUUCACUUGAAAGAGAAGAUGCAGGCAGUGACUAGUGUUGAUCCGUCCAAUCUGGUUGUUAUUGAUGUCUAUCACAGUCGGUUCCAUCGCGUGUAUUACGACAAAGACCCUAUUAGUCACAUUAUGGAUCGCGAUGACAUUUUCAUAUAUGAGCUAUGCAAACCUCUUGGAGACCAGGAAUGGGUGCCCGUCCCCGUCUACAUGAGAGAAAUAAAGCAUCAUUCUUCUACUUCAUAUUUUGGCCAGAAACAUGUGACUUCUUAUGGUCAAGUGUUUGGACUCCCAGUCAUUGUCACCGUCCCAAGGAAAGGCUGCACCUACAGGACACUCUAUGAAACCAUCUCCUCUCAGAUAUCUCGUGUUGUCCUUGAGCCUCAGAAGAAGAAGAAGACCAAGGAAGAAGCUGAGGGAGAAGGAGAGAAAGUGACAGCCGAGGAGGGUGAGAGUGCUGAUAGUGAAAUGAAAGAGACUCAGGAAGGCACUUGGGAAUUUGAAGAUAAAGAGACUUAUUACAACACAAAAGAAGCUGAUGCAUAUGAAGACCAUGAAUCAUGCAGUGCAACCAAAGAGCCCAAGAAGGCAAUAACAGUGUACGGGUGUAUGGAUCUAUUUGUGAAUAAAGAAGUGCUUGGAGAGGAUGAUGCCUGGUAUUGCCCUCAGUGCAAGGAGCACGUGCAAGCUAGUAAGAAGUUUGAUCUGUGGAAGAUGCCCGAGAUAUUAGUCAUACAUCUCAAGAGAUUCUCUUAUAACAGGUACUUUAGAAACAAGAUUGAGUCAAAAGUUGAGUUCCCUCUCGAGAAUUUAGAUCUCUCGGAUUAUGUGGUGAAUCAAGAAGAGCCCCAGCCACUCUAUGAUCUGUUUGCUGUUUCUAAUCACUUUGGUGGGCUAGGAGGAGGACACUAUACUGCUUAUGCUAAGAACAAAGAUAAUGGGAAGUGGUACAGCUUUGAUGAUAGUCAUGUCUCUGAGGCAUCACCUGAGUCAAUAUGUUCGUCAGCUUCUUAUCUCUUAUUCUAUCAACGUAAGACCGAAGGAAGGCGUAAACCCGAGCCUCUUAAUCGUUCUCUUAGCGUUUCCUUUGAUGAAGAGGUAAAGGAAGAAAACAUCAAGUUUCAGAAGAAGCAGCAGCAGCAACAGCAAUCUAAACAAGCGAAUCUCAUCAAGGAAGAAGCUGAAGAAAACCAAGAUGGAGAGGGCAACACAUUUUCAGAUUAGCUUUGUAUCAUGAUUGUAUGUAGAUUCAGAUUAGCUUUUUGGAUGGACUCUUUUCACAUAUUAAAACUUAAUUGAGGCCUAUUUUAUAACCUACACACAUUAUGCACUUUGUGCUGUUAGGCUCUCUUUAUUGUGUCUAUUAUUAUUAUCAUUAAUAAUUAUUGUAUUAAUUAUUAUUCAUUUAUUUUUGAUUGAGAA